GCCCCCGCUCCUGCCCGGCGCCCACCUGCGGUGGCGGCUGCCCCGGGCCGGGGGGCGGGGGGGGGGCGCUGCCGCCGCCGCCGGCUUCGCUCGCUCUGCCCCCGGCUGCCCUCCAGGAUGAGCCCGGAGUAUUUCCUGCGCUCCUUGCUGCUCAUCCUUCUCGCCACCUUCUCGGCCAACGCCAGCAACUGGCUGUACCUGGCAAAGCUGUCGUCAGUGGGAAGCAUCUCAGAGGAGGAGACCUGUGAGAAGCUGAAGGGCCUGAUCCAGCGCCAGGUGCAGAUGUGCAAGAGGAACCUGGAGGUGAUGGACUCGGUGCGGCGCGGAGCACAGCUGGCCAUCGAGGAGUGCCAGUACCAGUUCCGUAACCGCCGCUGGAACUGCUCCACGCUGGACACCCUGCCCGUCUUUGGCAAGGUGGUAACACAAGGGACACGGGAGGCAGCAUUCGUCUAUGCCAUCUCUUCAGCAGGAGUGGCCUUCGCCGUGACCCGAGCCUGCAGCAGCGGCGAGCUGGACAAGUGUGGAUGCGACCGCACGGUGCAGGGGGGCAGCCCGCAGGGCUUCCAGUGGUCGGGCUGCUCCGAUAACAUCGCCUACGGCGUGGCCUUCUCGCAGUCCUUUGUCGACGUCCGCGAGAGGAGCAAAGGGGCCUCUUCCAACAGAGCGUUAAUGAACCUCCACAACAACGAGGCAGGGAGGAAGGCGAUCCUGAACAACAUGCGGGUGGAGUGCAAGUGCCACGGCGUGUCAGGCUCCUGCGAGUUCAAGACGUGCUGGAAAGCCAUGCCCCCCUUCCGCAAAGUGGGCAACGUCCUGAAGGAGAAAUUCGACGGUGCCACAGAGGUUGAGCAGAGCGAGAUUGGAUCCACCAAAGUGCUGGUGCCCAAAAACUCCCAGUUCAAGCCGCACACGGACGAGGACCUCGUCUACCUGGACUCCAGUCCCGACUUCUGUGACCAUGACCUCAAGAACGGGGUGCUGGGCACCAGCGGCCGGCAGUGCAACAAGACCUCCAAGGCUAUCGAUGGCUGUGAGCUGAUGUGCUGCGGCCGGGGCUUUCAUACGGACGAAGUGGAGGUUGUGGAAAGGUGCAGCUGCAAAUUCCACUGGUGCUGCUCCGUCAAGUGCAAACCCUGCCAUCGGGUGGUGGAAAUCCAUACGUGCCGGUGAUGCACAAUGAUGGAUGAGCGCCCAUCCAUCCCCCUCUUUAACUGACCCUGCUUCUCCCUUGCCCCACGGCCAGGACUGAGGAAGUAACCCAGAUGCUGCAGGGAGAGCGCAGCUCUUUACAGAGACAGAGCCCCAGAGGAAAGCAGAUUUUAAAGAAAAAAAAAUAUUUAAAGUUUCAAAAAAUUGAUCAUUGUUGGCUUGUUUUGUUUUCUUGCUUUAUUUAUUGCUGAAGCCAGAGGCCCUCGGUGUCCUGUGCCAGCAGGGAUGUGUCUGCUCUCAGCGGCUGGCUGGGCACCUGCGUGAUGCCUGGUCUCAUCGGAUGAGCUCCUGCUGACCCUGGAGCAUUGCAAGUGGGAGGUGUUUAAGCCGAGGCUAGCGUUAGGCGCUCAGUACCUUCUAUCACGGUUAUUUUUAUUUAAGGCACACGCUGAGCAUCCCAGAGCGCUGCUUGCCUUGGCUGAGCUGCAGGAGGGGAUGGAGCCAGCGUGUGCAGCCAGGUGCACUGCAGAGGAUGGGCAGAUGGGGACAGGGUGGCACUGUCCCCCGGAGUUAAGCUCCAGACGGGGAGAGCCCAGCCAGGGUGAUCAGUAUAUGAGGGGGAGGCGGGACCCUCCUGCCUCCCCUUGUUGUGGGAUGCUCGAUGGACUCCUGAGCACUGGGUGUCAGAGCAGCUCCAGUGGCCACUCUGAUUUACAGAAGCUCCUCAGCAGCUCCAGGGCUGUCAGAGGACACAAUGUUCCCACUGUGCUCCCCUUCCCCUUGUGCAAGUCACCUUCCCCCCUUGUUUAUCCAGCAUCUUGUUCAACUGGAAACUGUGAAGAGGGUCCAGAGAGGCCAUGGUACCUGCAAUCCGAUGACUCUUAAUGGAGCUGGGAGCUGAUGGGAGGAAAUCCCAGGGGAUUUCUUUUCCUCCAUAUUUGCCCCCACCUUGCUCAACAGCAUCCCACAACCAGGUCUCUUCUUCUUCUUCCUCAUGCCUGUUCUCUACACCUGGUGAGGGCUCUAGGGGGACUCCCUGUCCUGUUGGCUGUUGGGAAAAGCAAAAAAUACAAAGUGGAGCAAUUGUCGGGAGUGGCGGAAUGAUGCUGCUGAGGGGAAAGGCAAUGCUCACGCUCUGCCACUAUUGCUGUCUUGCCCUCAGGAAGCGUGAGAGGAGGGCUGAGCCGGAGGGAUGCUGUCAUGUGUGCCUCGACCACUGGGAUUUAGUGCAGCAGGGCCCCAGCUGCCCUGUCUUGCUCCCCGCAGGCUGGCCUGGAGCGAUGCCACGAGGAUAACGCGCUGUCCUGCCCGCUCCGGCUUCCUCUCUGCCUGGGAUCGGGUUAGUGCAGAGUCCUCACUGCCGGGCUGCAGGACGAAAUAUUUGGAGAACUAAUAAGCAGAGGGGCACUGCGAGGGGAGGUGGAAAGCAAAC